CGAAGACCAGAGGAAGAUGAUUUUAGUGGCCGUAGAUGGCCAUCAGUUUCACCCAUUUUGCUCCAUUCGAGCUGCCACAUGCAAUCCAAGUCCCAUUUUGCCCUUCACCAGCCGCUCUUUGUCGUCGUAGCUCUUCCCCUAACUGGGGUUCUUCGGAGUCAUUUUCUUCUUUUCAUCGCCCCCUUGUCUACAAUCCUGAAGAUUUUGAUGGACGUGAUAAAGUAAUGGUGAGAACCAGGAAGAUGACAGAGUAUUUCAAUGAUGUGGUGAGGCACUUCAGCGUUUCCCCUGUAUACGACGAGGAAGAAGACGAGGAGAUUGUGGCACCUUCCUCAGAUUCUAGGAACGAACACAGUCAAGAGCAGAGUGCUUCAGCAUCGCCGUUUGGGGUUUUCCGUCUUGGGGAUUCCUUCUCUCUUAGAGCUCUUUCUCUAAUAUGAAGAAUCAACAGCCUCUUCGUUUCCUACUCUCGAUUCGGAAGGUGUUCGUGUGUACUACUGGAGCUCAAUAGAGAAAGCAUCAUGUUACACAAUGGACAAGAUAUCAUCAACAUUGUAUAUGGCUUUUUUUUGUUGACAUUAUGCUUCAAAUACUUUAGCACAUUUUUCUUGUUUGACAGUUUGUAAAUAUCAUUGUC